AAAAAAAUGGCCGGAGGUAGCAGUCAUCCCCAUCACAAAGUGGACACAGUUUCCCGUUCAGGACUCGUUUGGGGUGUUGACCGUGGUCACAAAACUGAACGUCGUGUUCCUGUUCAACGUCCAAGCCGUAGAAAGGGAAACCAAUCUCAACGUAAGGCAGUCAUCAACUCUGUCGUUCGUGAAGUUACAGGUUUCGCACCUUACGAACGUCGUGCUAUGGAAUUGAUCCGUAACUCAAAGGACAAGCGUGCACGUAAAUUCAUCAAGCGCCGUAUCGGUACUUUGCGCCGUGCCAAGGGAAAGAUGGAAUUCUUGACCAACGUCAUUGCCGAACAACGUCGUGCCGGACAUUAAAUGUGAUUUGACGUUCGACAUUCACUUGUUUCGAUUACGAUCAUUGUAUUGCAAGCAUCAUAGGUGGUAUGAUGAAGAUCGGAUAGAGGCAGUGACAUGCUCUCAACUCUACUGCCGACUUCACCGUACCAUUCAUCCAUCUCACAUCUUCGGUUCACAUCGACAUUAUUCAUGACACACCAUGUACCAUUCAUUCUAUUUUUGUACGCAUAUGCGACAUAUACAUAUCUUUGAACGUG